UAUGAAUAUCAGAGAUUCAUGAGAUGGGGCAUGUGAAGUUGCUUGCGACUUCUAGUAGCCCUCCAUGUCGUAGGAUUGAAUGGGCUUUAAAGCUCAAAGGUGUAGAAUAUGAGUACAUAGAAGAAGACCUUGCAAACAAAAGCCCCCUUCUUCUCCAGUGUAACCCAGUUCAUAAGAAGGUUCCUGUCCUCAUCCAUGAUGAGAAACCUAUUGCAGAAUCAUUCGUUAUCCUUGAAUACAUCGAUGAAUCGUGGGAAGGGUACCCUCUACUGCCUGUGGAUCCUUAUCAGAGAGCUAUGGCUCGUUUCUGGGCUAAAUUUGCAGAUGAGAAGUCUUUGAUUGGUGUAUGGCAAGCAUGUUGUGCCCAAGGAGAGGAACAAGAGAAAGCUGUAGAGUCUGCAUUAGAGACACUGAAAAUUCUGGAGAAGAAGGUUGAAGGGAAGAAAUUCUUUGGAGGAGAGAAGAUUGGGUUUCUAGAUAUAGUAAUGGGUUGGAUCCCUCUUUGGCUUAAUGCCUUGGAAGAAGUUGGGGGAAUGAAGCUACUUGAUGCAGAGAGUCUACCUUUACUCCAUGAAUGGUCUCAGAAUUUCAUCCAAGUUCCUGUUAUCAAAGAAAACCUUCCACCAAAAGAGAAGGUUAUCAGUUACUUCCAGUUUGGCAGAGACUACAUGCUUUCAUUAGCUGCCAAUAAAUGAUGUUUUUCAUUUAUUUACUUAUUUAUGCAUUCAUGUUCCUACAAGAGAAUAUUAUGCAUUGCAGAAAAUAAA